GAGUUGAAAGUACACGUGGCUCGUGUUAUUUUGUUCUCCAAUAGAAGCAUGCCACGUUCUAAACGUUAAGUUUAUGAUGUUCCUGACGAUCCUUGAAGAUGAGUACCGAAGUUUACAUCAGGUGUUGGUUACGUCAACGGAGCAAAAGGAGGAUGCGUUAUUAUUGUUAUGACGUCGAUUACGUGCUAGAAUUACGACGAAGGAGUAAACUUCCGUCUGUACUUUUCACUAGAGACUAUAAAUUCUCGCGCGACGUGUGUCCUUUGAACACAAGAUGAGGAUCCUUAUCUCGCUGUUAUUGGUAUUGAAAGCAUACGUUUCUAAAUGCGCUGUCUAUGAUUAUAUAAUAGUGGGUUCGGGGCCGGCAGGUGCGGUACUGGCCUACAGGUUAUCUAAUCAUCCCGACGUGACAGUUCUUCUUCUAGAGGCUGGUGAACGCUGCAAUUUGGUAAGCGAAGUGCCCACAUUGUAUCCGUACCUUCAAGGAACAUCAUGCGAUUGGGAUUAUAACGUUUCCUUUCCAACUUACUACAUCCCAAAAGCCUUUAAGAAAAAUCCUGCUCACAUGCCUUCGGGCAAAGCUCUAGGAGGCAGCAGCAUUAUCAACUCCAUGCUGUACGUCAGAGGAAACAGGAAAGAUUACGACAAUUGGGAAAGUAAUGGAGUCUGUGGAUGGAAAUGGGAUGAAGUCCUUGGAUACUUUCUCAAGUCGGAAAAAAAUAUGGAUCCUGAUAUAGCGAACAAUGGUUAUCAUGGAACAGCCGGUAAAAUGUUUGUCCAACGUCCAGCUUUCGCCACAUUCUUAAAAGAUAAGUAUCUGCAAGCUGCCCAAGAAUUGGGAUUUAAAAUUGAUGACGUCAACGGUUUCAACCAAUCGGUGUUCACCAAUCCUCAAACUACUUGUAAAGACGGCAGGCGAUGGGGUGUGGAUAAGUCAUUUCUAAAUUACCACGUGGGAAGGAAUAACCUUAAAAUUCUCACUUCGGCAUUAGCUACAAAGGUGAUAAUUGAAGGAAACACGGCUAAAGGGGUGGAAUACGAAUAUAAAGGUGUUAUUCAUACAGUUUAUGCUAGAGAAGAAGUGAUACUGUCGGCCGGAGCCGUUCGCUCCCCUCAACUAUUGAUGCUAUCAGGAAUUGGGCCGCCUUCACACCUGAAGGACUUCCAGAUAUCCCCAAUACUAAAUCUUCCAGUGGGAAAAAAUCUUCAAGAUCAUCCCGUAGUCAGCAGUUUUUUAUACAAGAUCAGCAACCUAACUGUAUCAGAAAAAGACUAUAAAGAAUAUCUUCAGCAUGGAAAUGGAAUAUUUGCAAGUGUACCGACCGAAGGUCUGGGAUACUUCAACACCAUUUACAACGAGGAUCACGAUUGGCCUGAUGCGGAAAUAGUGCUUGUCACCUUGCCCUCAUCAAUCUUUUCCACUUGGGAUCAAGGAAGAGCAACUGUUAUUUGCGCUAGUAUAGGCACGAGACCGAAGAGUCUUGGAAGAAUCAGAUUACAGAGCAAGAAUCCACGAAUUUCUCCCGUAAUAGAAGGCAAUUACUUGAAGAAAGAAAGUGACAUAAACGUCAUGGUAGAAGCUCUGAAAAUGUGCUUGAAAUUUGCUGAUACGAAAGCCUUACGGGGCAUCGGAGAGAGAAUACCACCCUUGAGUGAUCCCAUUUGCAAUAAAUUUAGAGCAGGAAGUGACGAUUACUAUAAAUGCUUGGUAACGAAGUACGCGGGACCGGGUUUUCACUUGGUGGGAUCGUGCAAGAUGGGACACCCUUUAGAUAAUUCCACCGUAGUGAAUUUCGAUUUAAAGGUGAAGGGAAUAGAACGUUUACGUGUGGCCGAUGCUUCUGUGGCUCCCCAAAUGAUCACGGGUCAUCCAUAUGCCAUGGCAGUCAUGAUAGGAGAGAAAGCUGCCCAAAUGAUCUUAAAGGAUUAUAAUGAAAGAGUGGGCUCUAUAAAUUCUCCAGUGUCGUUUCGAGUGAGCGAUACGAGUUACGAGAUGAGGAUUCCUGUAUUGAUAUUGCUGAUUGUACAAGUGUACGGUCGAAGCUAUGACGUUUACGAUUUUAUUAUAGUGGGUUCGGGACCCGCGGGUUCUGUACUGGCCAACAGGUUGUCGGCUCAUCCGGAGUUCAGAGUUCUCCUCCUGGAGGCGGGUCAGCGCUCCAAUUUACUAUCCGAACCGCCGUCGUUGUACUUCUUUCUUCAAGGAACUCCCUACGAUUGGAAUGACACCGUCUCUUUCCCUCGAUAUAAUGAUUUUGGAGUCGGUGAUGAACCCUCUCGCUUACCUCAAGGUAAAGCACUAGGAGGGGGAAGCAUUAUCAACUCUAUGUUGUAUGUUAGAGGAAACAGGAAAGACUACGACAACUGGGAACAGAAAGGAGCCUACGGGUGGAGUUGGAAGGACGUUUUCCCAUUCUUCCUAAAGUCGGAAAACAACAGAAAUCCGGAAAUAGCGGAUAACGGCUUUCACGGUAAAAAUGGAGAGUUAUACGUCCAAUAUCCCGCUUUUGCAACUCCUUUGAUGAAAAAAUAUCUGAAAUCAGUCCACGAAUUAGGUUUCGGAAUUGGAGACGUCAACGGUAUCAAACAAACGGUAUUCACCAACCCUCAAAUUAACACUAAAGAUGGCAGAAGAUGGGGUAUGGAUAAGGCAUUUCUGAAUCCUAUUCUGGGAAGAAGAAACCUUCGAGUUAUCACCUCCGCUUUCGUUAGAAAGGUAUUAUUUGGAGAAGGAAAAGUGGCCGAAGGUGUGGAAUAUGAAUAUCAAAACCGAACUUAUAAAGCUUUUGUUAAAAAAGAAGUCAUAAUAUCGGCAGGAACUAUCAGAUCCCCUCAAUUAUUGAUGCUUUCCGGAAUUGGUCCUGCUCGGGAACUUAGAAAAUUGCAGAUACCCGUAAUUUCGGAUCUUCCAGUUGGAGAAAACUUUCAAGAUCAUCCUGUACUCAGCACCCCUAUUUACAAAGUCAGAAACCUAUCAUUAUCGGAAGGAGACUAUAAACAGUAUUUCUCUAACGGAAAAGGACUGCUGGCAUCUCUACCUACGGAAGUUCUCGGUUUCUUCAGCAGCAAUUACAAUCCAGAUCCCGAUUGGCCAGAUUCCGAAAUAAUUUUCGUCACUUUGAUCUCGUCCAGUUUUCUGCCUCCACUUGUUGGAGGAGGAACCGUCCUCUGUAGUAAUAUAGCGGUAAGGCCUGAGAGCCGUGGUAAAGUCAGCUUGAGCAGUCGUAAUCCUCAUUCCCCUCCUAUUAUAGAAGGCAACUAUUUAACCAAACAGCACGACGUCCGCGUUAUGAUCGAUGGUCUGAAAACGUGCUUGAAAAUAGCUAAUACAGCAUCUCUGAAGGGCAUAGGAGAGCGAAUACCACUUCCGAAUGUUCCCGUUUGCAGCAACUAUAAGCGGGAGAGCGACGGUUACUAUUCUUGUUUGAUAAAGCAGUUAUCGCAACCAGGAUAUCAUCUGAUGGGCACAUGCAGGAUGGGUGAUCCUAAAGAUAAUACCACGGUUGUAGACUCCAAUUUAAAAGUGAAAGGGGUGAAAGGUCUACGCGUGGUCGACGCUUCUGUCGCUCCCGAAAUCGUGGCCGGGCACCCUCAAGCUAUGACUCUAAUGAUAGGAGAAAAGGCCGCGGACAUGAUCUAUAAAGAUUAUUUGACGAAAAUGAAAUCGUGGGUGUAAAACGCACGAAUCAUAAGAGAAUAUAAUAAAAUAAAAAUA